AAAAAUAUAUUUAAAAAAUAAAAGUGUCACAAAAAUAUACAAAUACAACAACACGAAAAGUACCAAAUCUACUGAAUCAAAUACAUUUUGAUUGAAAAUAAGCGCGUCUUGUAAUGCGCCUUGGGGGCGGCUUACCAUACGACGGCGACCCCCCGACAAUGAGCGCAGCUGGCAAUGAUUAUGCAGAAUUAUGCGAUCUUGGACCCUCACGAUGGAGUUCGCGUGGCUAUUAUUAUGCACCACCCGCACAUGCGACCGCCUUACAUCCUAGUGCCGCACCUGGCCUACAACAACCGCAAUCCUCAUCCAGCGUACCGACCGGCAAUUCGGCCGGCCUCAGCGGCCAUCCGUUGCGCACACCGAGCAGUUACGAGGCGGAAGACGUUUCCUUUGGCAUGAUUAGUCCACCGCCGGGUGUGAUCGGUCCGUCGUCGGUUGGUCUUAGCGGUACGUACGGCAUCGGUUCGCGUAUUGGCAAUAGUACGAGUUCGUUACGUGGCGGCCGUUCCGGUCUCUAUUACUCACCGCCCGGCACAUCGUACACAAUUGUGGAGCGUCCACAUUCGCCACAUUACUAUUACAAUACGGCUGGUGCACCGACGAAGGGUGGCUCAUUGCCGGGACGCGGUUCGUCGUAUCUCUCAUCGACAGCAUCACCCACUAGCCAUAUGGCGGCGACGGGCGGUGGCGGCACGCUGCCCAACUCAACGGCGACGAUGGGUGGGCGUGCGCACAGCAGUAUGGGCAUGGCGAAUGGCAACAAGAAGCGACCCAUUUCGCCGGAGCAAGUGCUGCGCAUGUUCGGUGCGACGCAAUCAUCUUCAGUUCCUACAAGCAGCUAUCACUAUAGCAACGGCACAAGAGAUCGUACCGGACGACGCAGCCCGGCGAGUAGUCCGCCCUCGACCACGCAUCAGAUGUAUCGUGAGCGAGAUCGAGAUCGUAGCAUAACGAAUAUACACGAAUUAACCACACGUACCAUAAACAUGUCACGCGAUCAGCAGAUCGAUCAUGGUUUUGGUAUUUGUGUUAAAGGAGGAAAAGACUCAGGAUUAGGCGUCUAUAUCUCACGCAUCGAAGAGAAUUCCGUGGCAGAGCGCGCCGGCCUGCGCCCCGGUGAUACAAUCCUAGAGGUGAAUGGUACGCCGUUCACUUCAAUAAAUCACGAGGAGGCGUUAAAAAGAUGUGUGCAGAUAUUGAAAUCAUCACGUCAAAUCAGUAUGACGGUGCGCUCACCACCGACGCUCAACUCCCACGCGCCACUGCAUGGCUUCGGUCCACCCUCGUCGCGGGAUCCCAUGUACGCAUCGAUGGCGCCACUACUGCCACAAUCGGCGGCCGGUCUACCGCCCGGAGCGACGAUGAUUGGCGGCGGUGGUCUACCAUUUCGUCAGACAUGUUCCUGGAUGGACCGACAUGGUCGUCCCGCAUCGCCACCCAUGGAGUAUGGCGGACGGCAUACGGAUCGUCGUGAGCGAAUCCGACGCGUUGAGCUGCUCAUUGAACCGGGCCAAUCGCUGGGUCUCAUGAUACGCGGCGGCGUUGAAUACGGCCUCGGCAUCUUCGUCACCGGCGUCGAUAAGGACAGUGUUGCUGAUCGGGCUGGCCUCAUGGUCGGCGACGAGAUACUCGAGGUCAAUGGUCAGUCAUUUCUCGAUGUGACCCACGACGAAGCGGUCAGUCAGUUGAAAUACCAUAAACGUAUGUCGCUUGUGAUACGUGAUGUUGGUAAAGUGCCACACUCCUGUACAUCCAUUGAGAUGGAGCCUUGGGACGCGUACAGUCCGACGGGGACGAGAGCUCGUCGAAAAGGUCAAAUAACCGCUAUGGUGGAGGAGAAGGCACGUUCUCUGCUGCCACGCCAUCAAUUCGCAAGUCUCUCGUAUUAUAUCGCCGAAUAUGCUGCGAGAGCGAUGACCAUAGAUGCCUUUGUUGCCGUCUUAUUAGAAAUGUUAGACACAUAUGAGAAACAUACGUUAGUGACGGAACUACGCGAACUUAUAUAUCCCGAGGAUCGUACGCGAUACGAUGAGCUUGUUUAUCGUAGAGAACGUGAUCCGUACAGCGUGGAGAGGCACAGGCGUAAAGGAGAAACCGCACGUGAUUUACCGGUAAGCUUUUUAGAAGAUUUAUUCUACGACACAGACACUAUUUACUAUUAGCUACCUGAAAGGUCUAUAAGUGUUUUCUUCUGACUAUGCGAAAAAAAAAUUAAGAAAAAAAUCGUAAUUUAUACUCUAAACGUUAUUAUUAUUAGCUAUAUACUAUUAGCCCGUAUACUAAAACAAAAUACUCGAUAUACAAUGCAAACAACUACACACACAGAUAUUUAUAUACAUAUACUAUAUGUCAAUGCUUUGCAAUAACUAACUAACAUACUAACACUAACUAACUGUGUAACCUAAUAAAUGGCAUGUUAACUAUACUAUACUUGUUGUUGUAAUGUAAUUGUUGUAUUAACCAAAAAUUCUAGCUUUAUACUGUAUAUGUAUAUGUGUAAUAAGUAAUGAACAGUUAUCUUUAAUAAUAUUAAUGAUUUAAUUAUGAUUUUCACACACACUGUAACAAAUCUGCCAAAUACUCUAUUUAUCUAUAUAUAUUUUAAAACAAAUUUUAUUGUUGUUGUUUAUGAAGAAGAAAAAAUUGUUGUUCUAGCUUUUCUAUUAGUUUUCUUUAUAAAAAAUACAAAAUACUAAAUACAAAAACAAAACUAAAAAACAACACAGCCUUAAAGAAGUCUUAAAGAUUCACGAAGUAGAACACAUAAAAGACAAUAAUGCAGACAAAUCAUCAUAAAGCAGAACAAGAAAAACCGCAAAAAGUGAAACAAUUUAAAUGAAAAACUUAACUUUAAUUUUUAUUACAAUGUACACUUGAAACACUUAAUACUACAACAACUACAAAAACAUUUACAAAGUGUAUAAUUUUUCAUUUUUUAUGCUCUUUUGUUCAUAAAAUAUUUUUUAAAAAAUACAAUUUAACACUUAAACUGUAGCAAAUGUACUAACCUUAAUAUGCCUUAAGCGCUCAGCCUCGACGAGCUGAGCAUUCAUUGUCAAAGAACUAAUUAAGCGCUGCUGUAGCCCA